AUGUUUUUCGUUCAGGAAUGCAUCGAAAGUUAUAUUCAAAGAAAUUGGCGAUUUGAUGCACUGAAGAAAUUUUUCGAGUCAGCAAUUCCUGAUGAACUCGCGAAAGAGUAUCUCAGCUCGGUGAUUCCGUUCAUCGCCAAACUUGCCCUGUCGGCUCCUGAUCUCAUUACACAACCGUUACCAAUAUUACGGCACGGUCAAGAAGGUUCAGUUACAAUGAGUCAACAGCAAGCAGCCACUCUAUUGGCACAUGCAUUCUUUUGCACAUAUCCAAAUCGCAACGGUCACUCGGGUGGUGAAUUGCCAAUUAUCAAUUUCAAUCGAUUGUAUGAUCUGCGUACCAGAGGAUCCGUUGAAAAGUUGAAGUGUAUCAUGCAUUACUUCCAUCAAAUCUCUGUACAA